AUGGCAUCUUCCGCCCACCCGUCCUUUCCAUCACGAUCCUCCUAUGCUGCCGGAAAACCCCCAGACCGUUCGAGUAUUAACCCUAAUCCGCUACCCUUUGGCUCUGCUUCUGUUCUUUCGCGGCGUGACAGAGUUGGGGAAUAUGGUGGGGAGGCAUCCAGUGGAGCUGGAGGAAUGGGAAUGGGAAAAUCGCAAGCGCACUCGGUGAUGGGACAGGGUCAUGGCCCGCAGCAGCAUAGCGCGCAAUCCCAUUCGGGAAAUAUGGGAGGGGGGUUAGGUGGGAUUGGUAGCAGUGGCGGUGGUACAGGAGGAGGGAACAAUAACCCAUUAAGUGAUCUCUCAGAAGAGCAGAGAGAGGAGAUUAAUGAAGCUUUUACACUAUUUGACCUCGAUCGUGAUCGACACCUAGACUACCACGAACUCCGCGUCGCCCUACGCGCUCUCGGUUUCACUCUCUCCAAACCAGACCUAAUCUCCCUCCUCACCACAUACGGCGUGCCCCGUCCCGCCGCAGCCAACGCAAAUCAGCCCAACCAGCCGCAACAGUCUCGUCAACCCCAACCUCAGCAGCAACAGCCCCCACCGCACCCUUCCUCCCUCCUCAUGCCACUCUCUUCCUUCCAGACCAUCACAGCCCGCAAGAUACUCGAGCGGGACCCGCGCGAGGAAAUACUGCGCGCGUUUGAGCUGUUUGACGAGGGUGGUAAGGGGUAUAUUGAUCUCGAGGAUUUACGGAGAGUGGCCAGGGAGCUAGGCGAGACGGGGUUGGAAGAGGAGGAAUUACGGGCGAUGAUUGAGGAGUUUGAUCUUGAGGGCGUAGGUGGAGUAACGAGAGAAGGAUUUGUGGGUAUUUGUCUGCAAUGA